CCUGUCCGGCAUGAAGAAGACGAAUAAGAAGAAGAAGAAGAAGAAGACGAAGAAGAAGAAGAAGAAGAAGAAGAAGAAGAAGAAGAAGAAGAAGAAGAAGAAGAAGAAGAAGAAGAAGAAGAAGAAGAAGAAGAAGAAGAAGAAGAAGAAGAAGAAGAAGAAGAAGAAGAAGAAGAAGAAGAAGAAGAAGAAGAAGAAGAGAAGAAGAAGAAGAAGAAGAAGACAAAGAAGAAGAAGAAGAAGAAGAAGAAGAAGAAGAAGAAGAAGAAGAAGAAGAAGAAGAAGAAGAAGAAGAAGAAGAAGAAGAAGAAGAAGAAGAAGAAGAAGAAGAAGAAGAAGAAGAAGAAGAAGAAGAAGAAGAAGAAGAAGAAGAAGAAGAAGAAGAAGAAGAAGAAGAAGAAGAAGAAGAGUAAACAACAACAACAACAACAACAACAACAACAACAACAACAACAACAACAACAACAACAACAACAACAACAACAACAACAACAACAACAACAACAACUGCUUCAGGUUUCAAGUUUGUAAAGCUUGAACUAGCUCGCAAUUUGGGACGCGAGCU